UAGCAGCCGAGUUAGGAAAAGGAUUGUUUGUGUUAUUUAUUUUAAGGGUGAUGCCUCACGAGUUCCCGCUUCAACAGUGAUUGAACGGAACUCAUAGCCUAAGCCCUUAUUUCUCAGAAUAUUAAUUAUUCUCAUCUAUAGUUUUGUUUAAGUGUCUGUUUUUCUUUAACGAGGAAAGAGAAACUAUUUUGGCAAACCUUAACAAAGAUAUAACCAUCUUUUAUGAACCUUGUUGAAAAAAAACAUUUUGGGUCUUGAUUUCUAAAGUUAACUAAUCAUGAGUUCCCAAGUCAGACAGAACUACCACCAGGACUGUGAGGCAGCUAUCAACCGACAGAUCAACCUGGAGUUGUACGCCUCGUAUGUCUAUCUGUCAAUGACUUAUUACUUUGACAGAGAUGAUGUAGCCUUAAAGAACUUUGCAAAGUUUUUUAAACACCAGUCCCAUGAAGAGCGUGAACAUGCUGAGAAAUUGAUGAGACUGCAAAAUGAACGUGGUGGUCGUAUAUUUCUUCAGGAUAUACGCAAACCAGAGAGAGAUGAAUGGGGUAAUGCAUUGGAAGCAUUGGAGUGUUCUCUACAACUGGAAAAAAAUGUCAAUCAGUCUUUGUUGGACCUCCAUAAAGUGGCAUCUGAGCACAGUGAUCCUCAUAUGUGUGAUUUCAUAGAAACCCACUAUUUGGAGGAACAGGUGAAGUCAAUUAAGGAGCUAGGUGACUGGGUUACCAACCUGCGGCAUAUGGGUGCACCCCAAAAUGGUUUGGCAGAAUACCUCUUUGACAAGCAUACCCUUGGCUCUCGUUCAAGUUAGACUACUUUCCCAAGUAGUGCAUUUGGUGUAUGCACCUUUAUUACUGGUGUUUGUCCCCAUUUGAUGGUUAAUAUAUUGCUUGUGUAGUUUAGUUAUUUGCCAUGCUUUGUCUCGCUCACUUUUAUUGAACAAAAUAUUAUACCUGGAAUAGCAUGUGAAGUCUCAUUUCCACCUUUGUGCAGAUCACUGUGGAUAUUGGUAUAUUAAACUUCAAUAAACUACAGAUGUUCUAAAU